AUGGGAAAGCUCAUUGACUCUUACCUUGAAGCGGAAGCAAUUGAUGUAAACACUUCACUGCAGCAAGUAACGUCAUUAGCUGCAACUGUUCCGGAAAUAGCACGCCCUGAGCAUGAUGAACUUUACAAGGCAAUCAACAUCUAUCUCCAGGAGCACCCUGAUCUGACAAAAGCGGGUAAGAAGCUGUUAUGUUACAUGUUAGACAGCAAAGAGUUGUCCACCGAGAUGCAAAUGGAGGUCGUGAGGAAUGAACGAUUACCAGUGAGUUCUCUUCUUCAAUCAAGAGAGAAUUAA